GAGCACUUCUUUCAAGAGGAAGUGCAUACCAUUGCAGUUUGCCUGGACUUGACUUUAUGACCUAGUCGAAUUUUGUAGGUAUCUUCUUUGUUCUGCCUUUCCAGCACUUGCUUUUAAUUUAAGUAUUUAUUGAUUUGACUUGUUUAUAUCUAUAGUUGGAAAGGACUGCAGUAAGUAAUCUUGUUUCCUGGCUGGUAAAGGCAAUUAUUUGUCUCUGUUACAACAGUAGAAGAAAGAAAAACCCUAAAAUGUUUGGCAAAGGAAACUUGCUUCUUGCUGGAAUUAUUUUCACUGCCGUCUUCAGCAAAGUGAUUGUGGGGAAUAAACUGCUGGAUGUCGUCUCAGAUGUAAUUGAUGACCUGUACAAUGGAUGCCAGAAAGAAGCCAUGGAGAAGUUCAUCAACUCUGGCUUAUUAAAAAAGGAACUUAGCAACAGUGAAGAAUUCCAGAAAGCAUGGACAAAGAAUACACAGUGUUCAUCGCUAAUCCCCGGAGGAAUCAGAGAGCAUACUGCUGCGCUUUCUGUCUUUCUUGAUGGGGAUGAAGCUUUUCUAAAGAAGGUGAACAACGCAGUGGAGACAUUGGGGGCAAAUCUGACAACUUAUGAAAACGACUUCCAUUUCAAGUCACUUCACUUCCUGCUCAUGGAUUCCAUGAAGCUGCUGAAACCAAAGACAUGCAAAACUGUGUAUCUUUUAUUUGAUGGAAAACCACCUAAAAAAGGCUCAACAGUGAGAUUUGGAGGUUUCACUGUGGGUGAUUCAGACAGUGACAACUUGCCAGAUUUGGUAGAUGAAGUUCUCUUAAAAAUUGAAUCUUGCUUCUUUGUCAGCCUGGGGGAUCACACCUGCAAGAAAAACACUGAAGUACUAAUAACGCCUGCUGAAGUUUUCACUGUGAAUGAUGUGGGAACAAAAAAGGAUGAUGAUGAUGUAAACUACACUGAGGUUGUUUUGAAGCAUUUAGAGCUAAACAGCACACACAACUGUUACAUGUUUUUAAGGCCUACAUCUGCCCAACCCAGCCAGGCUCCUGGCUUGCUCCCUCUGGUUCCCCCGCUUGUGGUUUUAUCGCUUUGGUCUUUAUUUAUUUAAGAUAAAUUGUUACUGUUCAUUUCAGACCUCUCUGACUAUUAUGGAUAGACAAUGUAUUUUCAGGUAGAAAACUAUGUUGUCAUAUCUUUUUUUUUUUUUAGGGAGGCAUCAGUAAAUAAGCAAUGACAAGAAAAAUGUGUAACAUCACUCUCUUACAUGACUUUAUGUGCUGUAUAUAAACACAAAAAUAUGCAGGUUGAGCUGCAGCUUUUUACUUAUUACUCAGACUUUGCUAAAUAGAAGACAAUGAAAAAUUAUAAAAAUGAUGAUGGUGAUUUAUACAGAAGAUUACAAGCAGCUGCUUCAUGAGUGAACUUUGUGGUAGUUGAGAAGACACUGCAUGCAUUGAUUAGAAGAUCCUUUAUACUGUAAAACUGAAUCUAACAUAUAUAUGUAAUUGGUUGAAUUUAUUAAACUUAAUCCGUCAUGUUAACUGAUCUAAGCUAUGUCUAUAUUGCGAGCUUGAAUUAUACCAUUUCUUAUGUUACCAGAAAAACAGAAAAUAAAUAUAAUGAUUUUUUUUUAAUCACAAG